CUGCAGGAUCUUUACUUAGCUCGCUUGCUGUAACACCCUAUGACAAGCAGCCUGGUUUCAAAACCCGCAAGCCCGCUUUCUGCUGUUAGCACGGGCCAAAGUUAUCCCGGAAUAAGGACAGCACGCAUGUGCCGUCAACCCGGAUAUAGAAUUUGAUGGUCUUCUUCUUCCAUUUUAUGAAGCUAUAUUCAAUUUACAUAUAAAUUGGCAAAACUGAGGAUUUGUCUGGGCAUUGUAGCGCCACUACGUCUAUUUAAAUCGGUCCCAACCGGGAUAAAAAGUGUAGCUAUCUUAGCGGUGAAUAUCACAACUGCCAGUUAACUGGAUUUCGCAUUCAAGACAGUACAUUUACUUAUACCCUAGCCAAGCUAACGGUAGCUCGAGCAGGUGAUGCAGCAGCUUACUUUAGGUAACUGGAAAAUUGACUUUGCAUGUAACGUUAACUUUUGAUUAAGAGACUGGGCAUGAUGGACUACCGUGGAAGAAGACAUGAACGUGGAAGCAACUGGUCUGACCCAGAGAUAGUUGAAUUGCUCCAGCUGUGGUCUGACGAGACAGUCCAACUCGAGCUCGAAAGCUCCCUUCGAAAUCAACAUGUCUUUGACAGGAUAGCGGCCGCUUUGCGAGAUAGGAGCAUAUAUCGCACAGGGGACCAGUGCAGGGAGAAGAUCAAAAAGAUGAAGCUGGAAUACCGACGUAUCAAAGACAAUCACAAGUUGAGGUCCUGGAAAUUUUACGAUGUGAUGGACAGGGUCUUAGCAAAUAGACCAGCCAUAACGUAUUCCUCGCUGGGAGGUGCAGUCAUCGCCCACCAGGUCCUGCACAGUCCCAGUGGGACAGACGCAUACAUGCACGGGCUCCCUGCAACUACUUUCGGUCCCGCGAUCACGGGUGGGUUUUUGUUUGGCAACCCGCCAAGGCCAGGUGAUGACGCGCUGCGCGUAAAAUGUGAGGACGUGGAGUCAGGUGAUGGAGCACCCCCACAGCUGCUCUACAAUUAUGGGUCCGAAGAUGAUCAAGAGACAGAGAGGAGAUCUGCCAGAUUGGACGAGGAUCCUGUGCCCCUUGUUGAACGUGGGGAGUGCAUUGCAAACAUGAUAUCUCCAUCAGCUACAGAAAGAAGCUAUCAUCCCCCUGACUGUAUUCGGCCUGCAGAUUUCAGCGACCAGAACCUGGCCGGUUCCUCGGGCACUGGAGCCUCCACCUCCGCUGCUCCGGCUCACAUGGCACCAGAGGGCCAGGGAGAGCGGCAGGGCCCCCGGACCCAGCCCCCCGAGAGGCAGAGGAAGCGCCGGCGUGGCGCGGGCCGGGGGUCCGGCUCGUGCGGGGGCCACGGGGCCUUGGACCAUGCUCUGGUGAGCUUCCUCAAGUGGCAGCGCUCGGCGGAGGAGCGCCUCCUGUCCCUGGAGGAGGCGCGUCUGGAGCGGGAGGCGCGGGCCGAGGAGCGGAGGGAGCAGCAGGAGGAGAGGAGGGCAGAGAGUGAGAGGCAGCAUGAGCUGCGUCUCCUCAGCGUGUUCGCCGGGGCCCUGGCUGCAGCCAGGCACACCGGCCCCUCCACUGCUGACAGCACCCUCCCGCCUGCCGCCGCCGCCGCCCCUCCCGGCUCUCUCUCCGCCCACUCUGUCUCGACGUGCUCCACCAACCCAGAGGCCCCUGCUGCCUCAUCAGCCCUGGCCAGGCUGCCCGUCCUCAGCCCCCCCUCCGCGGAGACACUUGUCCCAGCUGGGCUUCCCCCUGGAUCUGGCAACAUCCUGGCCACUCUGAGAGGGGCCGACACACCUGGGCACAGUGUUUACCUGUCCUGCCGGGGUAACACCAUCAGACAGCACCAGGGCAUCCUGCAGGAGGGCUACACCCAGUACCAUGCUGAUAAACACCAUGACACCCACAACCCUGACGGAAUAAUCAACAUGGGCACCAGUGAGAACAAGCUGUGCUAUGAUCUGCUCCAUAAAAGGCUGGCCCAGUCUGACAUGCAACACAUGGACGCAGCUCUGCUUCAGUAUCCAGACUGGAAAGGCCACCGCUUUCUGAGAGAAGAGGUUGCCAGAUUCCUGACACACUACUGUCACCCCCCCAGUCCGCUGAAAGCUGACAGUGUGGUGGUUAUGAACGGCUGUGGUUCUCUUUUCUCCUCCAUGGCCGCUGUGAUAUGUGACCCUGAAGAUGCCAUGCUCAUCCCCACCCCGUUUUAUGGGGUGAUUACUGAGGACCUACACCUCUACAGUGGAGUCAGGCUCUACCAUGUUCCCCUGGACUGUGAGCCCAGUGGCCUCAGCGGCAGGCCAUUCCAACUCACCGCGUCCCAUCUGGAGAAGGCUCUGACAAACGCCAAGAGAGAGGGGGUGAACAUCCGAGCCGUGAUCCUGGUCAACCCUCACAACCCCCUGGCAGAGGUCUACAGCCCCCAGGAGAUGAGGGCCUUCCUGGAGUUUGCCAAAAAGCACAAGCUGCACGCCAUCGUCGACGAGGUCUACAUGUUGACUGUGUUUGACGACUCUGUCCCGUUCCACAGCGUUCUCAGUCUAGACAGCCUGCCUGAUCCUCAGAGAACGCAUGUUAUGUGGGGGACCAGCAAGGACUUUGCGAUGGCUGGAAUGCGUGUAGGUACUCUGUACACUCAGAACCAGGACUUGGUAGAAGCUCUGGACCAGAUGGGAGCGUUUCAUGGUGUCCCCGGACCCAUACAACACCAGGUGGCCCAACUGCUCCAGGACAGGGACUGGGUGAGCGGAGAGUUCCUCCCAGAGACGAGGCGGAGGCUGCAGGCUGCUCACGGCUACGUGACCCGGCAGCUCCAGGGCCUGGGCGUACCCUACCUCCACAGGUCUGCAGGCUUCUACGUCUGGGCAGACCUCAGGAAGUACCUACGCGAGGCUUCGUUUGCUGAGGAGCUGUCCCUGUGGAGGUGUUUCCUCAGACACAAGGUGGUGCUUAGCUGUGGCCAGGCCUUCUCCUGCUCCACACCAGGGUGGUUCCGCAUGGUCUUCACGCAGCAACAGCGCCACCUCCAGCUUGGCAUGGAGCGGAUCAGGCAGGCCUUGGAGGAGACGAAGGCAGCGAGAGGCUUCUCUGCCUUGGGAGCCCCCACAGCCUCUGGGGGGCAGGAGGAGGCCUCAGUGAGGUCACUGAAGAAGGAGGACAGCACCGACUCAGACAAAGCAGUGACCGUCAACCCUGUGUCCGUCAACCUGCCAGAGAACAAACCAACAGACGAGUCAACACAGGAGGAUGAGCCCGCCUCUGACAUCCCCUCACUGGCCAGCGAGGACUUGGUGCUGCUGGACUGCCAAACGUCUCAACCCGCAGAUGGAUUGGACUCGCUGAUCGGUGCUCUGAGACAGCAGAUCCGCUCCUCUGAUUGGCUGGAGAAGAACACCCCCGAGCUGGCUGCUGGGGAGGACCCGGGGCUGCUGGAUGUCUUCACUGAGCUGCUGGACAGGGCCAGGAAGUAGGAGCCAGGGAAGGAGACAAACAGUUGAUAAAUAGACACUUUCAAAUUCAGUUGGAUGCUAACUUGUUUUCUUGUUGUGUUCCUGUUCUGCAUUGCACUUUUUAUUUCAAAAUGUGAUCAAAAGGUUCAUGAUUAUGUAUUCCCGUACCACAAGGUCUUCUGUAACAAAUAAAAAUGUGUAUGGUGAUGCUUUUUAAAGAGUAAAGCCAAUACAUCAGACCUCA